CCCACCCACUUUCCACUUUCCAAUUUAGACAUACCCAAUUAGGCAAAAACAACCCUAUGAAUCUGCAUGUAAGUUUACGGUCACACCUCAAAGCACCCCUAUAAAUCCGGUAGUGGUGGCGCACGGCGUCUUUCAUGGGGGCGCACAUUAGCACAAUCAAUCAUCACACGCCACGUCACCCCCUCCACACCUUCUUCUUCCACUGCCACCAUCUUUAUUAAUAAUAAUUUAUUAUUCCCAAAUUAACCCUCCUCCACCCCCAAUUUCCCCAUUUUACCCCCCAACGAUGACCGUCGAGCCGUCGCCGUUGCGACGGAGAGUGAAGAAAUAUAAGUCGAUCAAUGACAUCAUCAACGGCGUCAAUUACGCCGCCGUCGUUGAACACAACAACAACAACGACUAUAACGACACCGUUUGCGAUGAAUGCGGCUCCGGUGACCGGGACCACCAGCUGCUGCUGUGCGAUAAAUGUGAUAAAGCGUUUCACAUGACGUGUCUCCGCCCUAUCGUUGUUCGUGUUCCGAUUGGCCCCUGGUUCUGCCCUCAAUGCUCCGAUCAUCCUCCGCCGGCGGUUAAAAGUUUUACGCAGACCAAAAUAUUUGAUUUCUUCAAGAUAAAGAAAUGUACAGCUUCUGCUGUCAAGAGAAUAUCUCCUCAAGAUUCCAGGAAGCGUAGGAGACGAAUUGUGCAUCAUAAAAAAAGGAGGAGGUUAUUACCAUUUACUCCAAGUGAAGAUACGGAGCGUAGGCUAGAGCAAAUGGGGUCUCUAGCGUCCGCUUUGACCUCGCUCAAUAUGGAAUAUAGUGAUGAUCUCACUUACUCCUUUGAUAUGGCUCCAAGAUGGGCUAAUUUAGCCUCGUAUGAAAAAGGUGGAAUGCAGGUUCUUUCGAAAGAAGACACAGAAACCUUGGAAUAUUGCAGUGCCAUGUUGAAAAGAGGUGAAUGCCCUCCACUGCUUGUCAUAUUCGAUUCUUGUGAAGGUUAUACGGUAGAAGCUGAUGGCCCUAUAAAGGACAUGACAUUGAUAACCGAAUACAUUGGUGAUGUUGAUUACAUCAAAAACCGCGAACAUGAUGACUGUGACAGCAUGAUGACUCUUCUUUUAGCGUCAAAUCCAUCAAAGAGUCUCGUUAUCUGCCCCGAUAAACGUGGAAACAUUGCCCGUUUUAUCAACGGGAUAAAUAACUUUACUCCUGAAUCAAAGAAGAAGCAAAAUCUAAAAUGUGUGAGAUACAGUGUAAAUGGAGAAUGCAGGGUCCUUUUGGUCGCUACGCGUGAUAUUGCAAAGGGUGAGAGAUUAUACUAUGAUUAUAACGGGUAUGAACAUGAGUAUCCAACUCAUCAUUUCGUAUAAUAGGAUCUCCCGGCAUGCUAUUGUAGUUUUGAGCACAUGAUUAGCCCAUUGAUUUAUAUUAUGUUACUUUUUAUGACCCUUUUAUUCAGAGUUGAAAGAGUUGCUCUGUAAACAUUUUUAUGAAGUUUAUAUACUAAUUUAAGUA